GAUCAAAAUAAUGUUUUUUUUAAGGUUAGGUUUUAGGUUAGGUCCUUAAGAAAUGGCUAGUUCUCUAUGGAAUAUUUGUUGUAAAAAUAUAAACGGAAGCCUUACCUCUGCGGUAAACAUAUCUGUGAGACAUGGCCACCAUUUAAGAGGUUUACCUCCAGGCGUUGCUAAAUCAUUGGAAACAAAAUUAGCAGAGGCUAAUUAUAAAGAUCCUGCUAUUCAUUAUCGUGUAGAUAUUGGAUUGCCUCCUCCUAGGAUUUCCAGAUCAAAACUUUUACAAGAAAGAUUAAAAAUUUUAAAAGAGCACAAAAAGAAUCCAACAUUAGAAAAAUUAGCCAGAGAUAAAAAGUUGCUAAUCGACCUAGAAGAAACUAAUAAAGAAUGGUUAAAAACUCAAGCCCCGUUGAUAUAAAAAAGGUUGCUGACCACUAUGGUGUAUUUGAACAUUUGUAUGGCGACGCAUAUUUUCACCCACGAGUUCCUUUAAACAUUCUUUAUGAAACAGAGAAAGGAAGUUUGCCUGUGUAUUAUGGGAAUGUUAUAAAACCUUCUGAAUCAGUAAAUGCCCCUAUGGUUUCUUAUGAUAGUGAUAGUAAUACAUUAUGGACAUUAACUUUGGUCAAUCCAGAUGGGCAUUUUACUGAAACGUCGAGUGAAUAUAUUCAUUGGUUUAUUGGUAACAUUCCUGGAAAUGAUUUGCAAAAAGGAGAGAAGUUGGUGGAGUAUUUGCAACCAUUCCCCCCAAAGGGCAUUGGAUUUCACAGAUUGAUCUUUGUUUUGUAUAAACAAGAUAAGAAAUUAGAUCUUUCAUCAUAUAAGAAAGAAGGACCUUGUUUAACCCUGUCAGAUAGAACCUUCAAUACAUAUGAUUUUUACAAAAAAUUCCAAGAUAGCAUGACACCAGCUGGUCUAGCAUUCUUUCAGUCAGAUUGGGAUGCAUCUUUAAAAGAAUUUUUUCACAAUAAAUUAAAUAUGAAGGAACCAAUAUUUGAGUAUGAUUUUGCACCUCCAUAUAUUAAAAAACAAGCUUGGUUCCCGAUUAGAGAACCAUUUAACUUAUAUAUGGACAAAUACCGAGAUCCAAAACAAAUCAACAAAGAGUUUUUAAUGAGGAAGUUGAAAGAUGUACAUCCAUUUAAGGGUUCUCCACCUCCAUUAGCAUAUCCCAAUGCUGUAUACUUCGAAGGUUAUGUCCCGUCUUGGUUGAAACCUAGAAAUUAAGAAAUCUAGGCUUAAAUGGGGUAGAAUUAAUGAUAUUGAAUAGAUUAGUAUGUUUUGUUUGUUGUAAUAAAUACUUUAUAAAUUG